UUCGUUGGUGUCAGUCAGUCGAUCGCGUUCAUUAGCUCGCAACGCAGUGAAGUGUUUAAUAUAAAAAUAUUUAUAAUUCAAUAUUUCUGGCGCUUUGUUCUGUUUUUCAUUUGUUUAGUUUUCUACACAGCUGCUUUAAAAAAUUUUGAAUUUACGAAUUUAUAGCAUCGAAUGUAAAUUAAUUCGAAUUAAUUGAUUCACAAGUUGUAAAUUUUUCAAGCAAAAACUGACAAACAAAAUGAUUUUGAAAGUUCCUUCAAAUGAUUGGUCCGACCAAUUUGAAUAUGUAGUGGAGGAAGAUGAUUCGCUAUCAGAUUUAGAAGAUGAACAGGAUUUCUCUGAGUAUUUAUGGAUGGAGAAUGAAGAAGAGUUCGAUAAGAACGAGUUAAAACGUCUCGAAGAAGAGGAUAUUAUGAAAGAAUGCAUUGAGGCAAUGCUUGAGGACGAACUUGAAGCUGAAUUGGCUGAAUGGCAGAAAGCAAAAACCGAAGAGUUAAAUGCAGCAUUAUCCUCGCUCGCUGUGAGCGAAUGCAAUGUUGAACAUUCCAUUCUCAAUCCUCUGGCUGCUGAGUUCGUUCCGCAAAAGCACAUCAUUGGACUGGGUACUUCGUAAACCCCACCCCAUCAUCUCUUACCCCUAAUUGGAAUGUAAUGCAACACACGAAUCAUUAAAACGGAACGCAUCAACAAUACCAUAUGAAAUUGUACGUAAUGACCCGAAUAACACAAACUCAAAAUAAAAUAAAAAAUUGAAAUAUUCUUAUUCAAGUAUAUUUCAAGAAAACAACAAAAAAACAAACACCAAACGUCUGUGCAGACGCCGCAAUGAGGGUAAUAUUUACUCGCCAUUGUUUGCCAAUAAAAGCAAGAGGUGUUUCAAAUUGACAAACAAAAAUACAAAAAAAUACUAAUGAAAAUUGCAAAAAAACAAAAAACUAAAAGCCAAACAAAAAGCAAAAAAUAAUAAUUUUAAAUUACAAUAAUUUACUGAUUGUUGCCCUGCGUUAGUUCCAAAUUUUUAAAGCUAAUAUUUUAGCAAGUUGUUUGUGGCAAGUCCAACGUACAAAUCGCUUUUAAUUUAUUGUGGGUAUUUUAUACGCAUAUACUUUUCACAAUUACCUCAACACUUUACUUUCGAAUCGCCCUGUCUUAUUAUCGAGACGAGCUACUUGAUUCAAGAAGACUCUUGCCUCAGGCUGCAUCAGUAGUGCAAAGAGAAUGAAUAUGAAGGAGAGCAUUUCGGUCAUUAUUUGUUUGUUGUAAAAACAUUUAUCUAGUUUUAAAUAAGUGAUAAAAUGAUAAAUUGUUAGUCCAGAAUUGAUAUUCAGAUGAUUUGAGAAAUUAAAAAUGUGAUCAUUAAUACUGUAGCUUUCCAUACUAAAUGUUUACGUAUAUUUUUUUAUUGUUAUGUUUUAAUUCACUUUCGUUGCAAGCAAACUCAAUUCAAACUUAAAUUGUAUUAUGAUCUACCAAUUACACAUUUUAUACAUACGCAUAUAGUGUAUACUUAACAUAGUGCUUUCUAUAUUUAUAUGCUUGAACGCUCCAAAUUCAAUGUAAACUACAUAGGUAUUCCCCAUCACUACCUUUUUAGCUUUAAUGGAAAAUUGUAAAGUUAUUUGUAAUUUAAAAUUGAAAAAAAAAAUUUAAUAAAGUCAAAUGUAGUGUCUGAAAUUACAAGAAUACAUACAUAAUAGACAUCUUAAUAUGCUUAACUAUCAAAGCAAAUAUUAAUGAAUCCAAUAUAAAUUUACAAUAAAAAGCACAUAAUUGAAAUUAAAUUACAUUAACGUAGUGUAUAACCAUUUAAUUUGAUAAAAGCUAUUCUUGGACGAAUAAAUAAAAGAAAAAUACCAAAGUUAAAAUAAUGGUAAAUACUCCAAUGGUAUUUAACUUUGCCAACUCUUUAUAUUUAUAUACAUAUAUAUACGACACUCCAACUUUAUGUAUGUAUGUGUUUGUACAUCAGCCUCGUAAAAUUGACCUGCUUCAAGCAAAAUUAUCUUAAAGACUAAUGCUAAAUAUAGUGUUAUUGUAGUUUAUGAAUUAAACUUAAAAUAUAUGAAAACGAAAAAAAAAAAAUAUUAAAAAUAAAAACGUUUAUCAUUAGCAAAGUGUUUCAUAAGUAAGCAUACGUGCGUAUUGUAUAUUAUAACACGUUAAGAAUGCAAGACAUGAACAAAAAAAAAUACUAUUACCUUUAUGUGUGAUAUAAAAAUACAAAAACUUUAAAAAAGUAACAUUAUGAGAAUAAAAGCCAAACAAAAAAAGAUGAAAAAACUAUUAAAAUCUCAAUAAAAAAGUAUUAUAGCAGUAAUAA